UGGCCUCUGUGGGGCAUGCGCCCAGGGACUCCCGUGGCGGCGCGUCUUCCGGGGGUGGCCUGGGCCGCGGCGGGGGUCCUGGGGCGGGCCAUGGGUCGCCGGCAGCGCCGCCAGCAGCAGCAGCAGCAGCAGCAGCAGAGGCGCGGGAGGGGCUCCGGGGGCUGGCCGGAGGGCGGCUACGCGGACAUCGUGAAGGAGAACGCGCUGUUCGAGCGCUACUACCGGGCGCUGGGCCUGGUGCCGGCGGGGGAGUGGGCGCGCUUCAUGGCGGCCCUGCGGGAGCCCCUCCCCGCCACCCUCCGCAUCACCGGAUACAAGAGCCAUGCCAAAGAAAUUCUGCAUUGUUUGAAGAAUAAGUAUUUCAAAGAGCUUGAGAACCAGGUGGUCGACGGUCAAACCAUUGAAAUGCCACAACCAUUAAGCUGGUAUCCAGAAGAGUUGGCCUGGCACACAAACCUCAGCAGAAAAGUCCUGCGUAAGUCUCCCCAGCUGGAAAAAUUUCAUCACUUCCUUGUUAGUGAAACAGAAUCUGGGAACAUUAGUCGUCAAGAAGCUGUCAGUAUGAUCCCUCCCCUGCUGCUUGAUGUUCAGCCUCAUCAUAAGAUUCUAGAUAUGUGUGCUGCACCUGGGUCGAAGACCGCCCAGCUUAUUGAAAUGUUGCAUGCAGACAUGAGUGUUCCUUUCCCAGAGGGAUUUAUAAUUGCAAACGACGUUGACAACAAGCGCUGCUAUUUGCUAGUUCACCAGGCCAAGAGGUUGAGCAGCCCUUGCAUCAUGGUCGUCAAUCAUGACGCCUCCAGCAUCCCCAAUCUGCAGAUAACCAUGAGUGGAAGAAAGGAAAUCCUUUUUUAUGAUAGGAUACUAUGUGAUGUCCCAUGCAGUGGAGAUGGAACUAUGAGAAAAAACAUUGAUGUGUGGAAAAAGUGGACUACGCAAAAUAGCUUGCAGCUGCAUGGGCUGCAGUUAAGAAUUGCAACGCGUGGAGUGGAACAGCUGGCAGAAGGAGGUCGAAUGGUGUACUCCACGUGUUCCUUGAAUCCAGUUGAAAAUGAAGCUGUCAUUGCCUCUCUGCUGGAAAAAAGUGAAGGUGCCUUAGAACUUGCUGAUGUCUCUUCUGAACUGCCAGGUCUAAAGAGGAUGUCGGGGGUUAUGCAGUGGAAGGUAAUGACGAAAGACGGGCAGUGGUUUGAAGACUGGAAAGCGGUUCCUUCCAGCAGACACACCCAAAUACGGCCCACAAUGUUCCCCUUAAAAGAUGAAGAAAAACUGAAAGCCUUGAAUUUGGAACGCUGCCUUAGAAUUUUGCCGCAUCACCAAAAUACUGGAGGAUUCUUUGUAGCUGUGCUAAUUAAAAAAUCUGCUAUGCCAUGGAACAGACGUCCACCCAAGCUCCCACUGGCGCUGAAGGUGAAACCUGAACCGCAGCCUUCUGUGGCUGUAUCUUCAGAAACAGGGGAAGGCGAUGUGGUCACAGAAGCAAAAGGGGAAGAUUCCUUGGCAAAGGAGAGCGCUGAGAGCAAGAAGGAUGGUGUUUGUGGGCCGCCACCAACUAAAAAAAUGAAGCUUUUUGGUUUUAAAGAAGAUCCAUUUGUAUUUCUUUCUGAAGAGGACCCGUUAUUUUCGCCUAUUCAAACCUUUUAUGCAUUGGAUCCUUCGUUCCCAAGGAUAAAUUUGUUAACUCGCACUCAGGAAGGAAAGAAGAAGCAGCUGUACAUGGUUUCCAAGGAGAUAAGGGACGUACUACUGAACAACAGUGAGCGGCUGAAGGUUUGGCUUGCAUUUCUGCUUUCAGCAUGGAAACCCAUCUAUGCUACUGUACUGCCGGGGUUACUUUUCCGUCCAUGGGUAAACAGGCUGUGCCUUCCUGCCAAUUUAAUCCAUGAUAAAAUGUAUUUUAUCUCUGUGCAAGUGGUCUUUAGGAAUAAAAGUGGAAUAUAUACGUUGUACCCUUUUAUUAAUGCAAGGAUUGUUACCAUCAACUUGGGAGAUGUGAAAGUGCUGCUAACGGAAGAAAACCCAUUCUUACAUAAACUCAGUAAUGAGGUUUACGGUCAAGUCAAAGAAAUGGCUAUGGGGAGCAUAGUACUGAAAUAUGAACCAGAUCCCAAACAGCCAGAAACCCUCCAGUGUUCAGUGGUGCUGUGUGGCUGGCUGGGCAAGACGUCCAUCCGUGCCUUUGUGCCCAAGAAUGAGAGGCUGCACUACCUGAGAAUGAUGGGGGUGGAGGUGUUCAAAGCAAAGCGGAAAGAAGACGCUCGUUGAUAAGGCGGAAGCUUGGGGAACAUACGUGCAAGGUGAAGGUGGAAAGACUCGGAGUCACGCGACCGCAAAGAAAGGGAGGCAGCCGAUAAGGAAGAAGAGGACUUGAAUGGUCAUCCUGUACAAGAACUCACCAGAACCAGUUCAGAGUUGGGAGAAAAAAAAAAAAAAAUAAUGUGGAGCGUACUGCACCUUUCACGCCGGAGGAUAAAGUGAGAACUUCAGAAGUCUAAAAAGUUAAAGCAACCGUACUUUGCGCCCUGGGUGAUGCACAAAUCUAAAAAAGAGAUUCUGUCAUCGUUGUCAGAAAAUGUGUGUCAGUUUGGGAUAUUUACGCCUAUGCUAAGAACCUAGAAGCAAAUUUUAUUAAAAGGCUUUUCUGUUUCUUUGGGAAAUAUGUUCUACUUUUAUCCAUCUUUACUCUGCUUUGUUUUAACAUGUAAACUCCAUGAGGAUGAUUAUGUUUAGUCUGUUGCUGGCAAUGGACUCCAACCAAUCUCGAGGAUGACACCUAUAAUCAAGGUUA